AUGAAUGCUCCAUUCCCAGAAAAGAUGAUAGAGAAAUUUAAUAAGCAAAUGGAAGUAUUUGUUAAACAUGAAGAGUUGCUUUUGAAGUAGAGACAGGUUUACGAGUCAAAACUUAAUAAUGUGUUUGAUCGAAAUUUGCAACUGGAAGAGAAGGAUAAAAGUGUGCAUGAACAAAUCUUAUCAUCGAGAUACCAGAAUGAAUAGUUGAAAAUAUAACAGGAGAGGUUGAAGCAUUUCCAGGAAUUAUAGAAAUAAAAGAAAGAUAAAAAAUAAGCAGCAAAUGAAUUAUGGUAAUAAGAACAGAAAUAACACGAGAAGGAUAUACAAUAGAAGUUGUUUGAAAUACAAUAAAAGAUCAAGUAUGAAGAAUUCAAAAGGAAGACAGAUGAGUUGAUGAGUCAAUUGGACAAUAAUUUAAGGAAUAUCAACUUGCGUUAUCUUGAGAAACAAGAGAAGAAGGAGAAAUACUUAAAUGAUUUCAUUAACUAGAAACAACAGACUCUGAAUACUUCGAUGCAGAUUACUGAAUCUCAUCAUCAAAAUGUUUAUUCUAAUUAUUAAUAAUAAAUGAAGAGAAUUUAGGAAAUCUGCUAAUUGAAAUUGAAAAAAUAUUAAAGUAAAAUUAAACAGAUUAAUCAAUAAAAGCUAUCCUAAAUCGACUAACUCACUCAGAAGGCACAUCAGAGUUCUGAACAUUAGGAGAGCAUCAAAUAUCGAUCAUAUCAAAUCUACCAAACUUAAUUGUAAAAAUUACAAAACAAGAUGAAUUACUUCUAAGAUAAGAUCAAUCAAAUUGAAAAGAAGAGACUACAACAGCUUUAAAUGAAUUAUCUACAAGAACAGGACUUGAAUCAAAAGCGAAAUGAUGUCAGAGCCAAAUCUGAAAAUAUUUAUAGGAAUAAAUCUAUUAACAUUUUGAACAAAUAAUUGGAGAAGGAGAAAUCCUUUCAAUUGGUACAACAAUAGAAUCAAAUGGAAUUACAGUAGAAAUUGCAGAGAUUAAAUGAAAAAUGGUAAACCCAACAGAACUAAGUUCAAAAAGCUGAUCAGUUGAAACAAUCCUAUUUUUCAUCAUUAGAACAGAAGAUUACCUAGAGAGAUUAGAGAUUGCAAGAUUAGAUGUACUAGAAUUAUCAUAACUAUAGAUAAAACAAAUUGGACAUUCAAAAGAGAAGAUUGAAAGUUAUUGAAGAUAUGGAGAAACAAAAGCGAGAUCUAUUACUUAAAUUGGAUCAAGACAAAGUUCCAUUUACAAAUACCUCUGAAAUGAAGUAUCUGUAUAGCACUCCCAAAUAAUAGUAAUCUAAAUUGUUUAUUACAUGA